AUGAAGCUUCGACUGCACUUUGUGGUGGACCCCAUGGGUUGGCUGUGCAUCAGCUUGGUAUUUGGGAUCUGGCUCUACAACACCUUCUUUAUUCCAAAACUGGUUCUGCUUCCACAUUACAAUGAAGGACACAUCCCUUGGGCCAUAGUUGUAUGUUAUUACAUAGCAUCAGCACUCUGCAUAGCAGCCCUGUUCAGAGCUUCCACAGCAGAUCCUGGUCGUCUUCCUGUGGACCCUCACAUACCUCACUCCGAACGAGAGCACUGGGAGUUGUGCAACAAGUGCAACUUAAUGAGACCUAAAAGGUCCCAUCACUGCAGUCGUUGUGGCCAUUGUGUCCGCAGGAUGGACCACCACUGUCCUUGGAUCAAUAACUGUGUGGGAGAAGACAACCACUGGCUCUUCCUGCAGCUGUGCUUCUACGCUCAGGUCCUCAGUUUGUUCACCCUGGUGCUGGACUUCUGCCAGUACUAUUACUUCCAGCCAUUGACAGGACUAGACCAGUUCACUACACGCCAUGAACUGGCUCUACUGCGUGUGUCAGCACUCAUGGGUUUGGUCAUGUUUGGUGGCAUGACUAGCUUGUUUUAUACUCAGAUGACGGGAAUCCUCUCUGAUACUACCACCAUUGAGAAAAUGGCUCAGUUCUCAAAUGAAAUCUAUGGCGCAAAGAGAUCCUGGCAGUGGGCGCUAGCUGAAGUUUGUGGCACUCGCUGGAAAGUCCUGUGGUUGAUCCCGCUCCGAAGCAGGCAGGCGCUCCAAGCCAGCCACCACUUUCGCACACACGUGUAGGCUGGUAGCACUACAUUAUCCCUUACCUGCACAGGUGGUAGGUGCUGCCAUGUUCAGCCAGA